AACAUGGCCGACGAGAAGUACCAGUCGAAUUACCCCAAUUCGCAUUACCUCUCCAACCUCAACAAUCCACAUGGUACCAAUCAGACUGUGCAAUUGGACAGAUUGCCGACUUUGGGAGAAAUCCUCGCCAACAAGACCAAGUCGCCAGUAGACAUCUCGACGUUCUACCAGUUCAUGAGAGAUGUUGAAAACAAGCUGGACUAUCUUGACUUCUGGUUUGAGAUGAUCAACCAUUUGAGUUUGUGUAGACACUAUGUCAAGGGUUUGAGAGACUCUAUUAUGCGUCAAUCAACUUACACUGAGAAGAGGGCCUCUCAACCUUUACGAACACCUUUGCGUGAUUCUCUACCUGCGCUGGAGUCGAAACACAAGUCAUUGAGCUCGUCUAUCUUGUUGGACUUGAUUGCUAGUGACAACUUCUUAGAAGACAACGAUUCUCACAGAUUGUCUCAGUUCUUGAGAGGAGACAUUAAUAUGGACAACUUGGACCCAAAGUUAAGAGACCUUAUUCAACAUUAUAAUGACGAGACAAACCCCGAUGAAACCAACGUCAGCAGGACGACGCCUAAUCUCUCGAAGAAGUAUUCAGCAGAUAUGAUUACGCAAUCACCCAAUCCGCCAUUUGCGGAAAAACGUCUUUCUUCCACAUCUCACUUGUUGCGGGACUUAGACGACGAUGGAAAUGGUUCUUUUGUCGCUAACCAAUUGGAAUUGGGACAAGCAGACAGAGCUGUGAGUCCAAACAAGUACGUUUCUUUGCAACACCCAAAGAGAAACUCAGUUGUGAGUCCAUCUUUGUUGGAGAGAUUAAUCAAGGAGUCUCCCGGUUCGACGAACCCAAAUUCGUUCAUCACCAGAGAUAGAUUGCGUGAAUCGUCGCACAACCUUUUGUUGAAGUACUUUGUGGAAGAUUCCGAAAAGAACUUGAACUUACCUUCUAGUUUGAACUCUCAGAUCAUCAAGGCCAUUGAAGUCGAAGGUAGAGAUGACCCUGAUGUGUUUAUCAAUGUCAAGAACUAUGUUUUCAACAGAAUCGAAAACGAGCACUUGCCAAGGUUCUUGAACUUUGUUGCUAUCCGAAACAUUAAUCACUCUAACUUCAUCAGAAUCAUAUUGGGAUUCUUCUUUUUGUUUGGAGGUUUCUGGAUCAGUUACAUCUUCGUCUUUUUGAACUACAGAAAGUCAAUCCGGCCAAUUAUCGUUGCACCAUACCUUUUAGCAUUUUACUUUCUUAUCUCGUCGAUUUACUUGAUUGACCCAGUACUCGCAUGGUUUGGUUAUUCUGAAUCGUUCUCCAGAGCAAGUGGACUGCCAUUGAUCAAGAUAAGAGAAAACUUCAUCUACAAGCUUGUUUUCAAGAGAAGUUUAUGGGUAUUGUUCCUUAUCUUGUUGUGCACGGCUAUUUUGACAGUAGUUUUCAGUUUGGUGCCAGGUGUUCGUUUGUAG